AUGGAGACGCAAGUGGUGUUUGAAAAAUGUGACGGAAGUCGGGUCACAGAGGGUAUGCUUCAGGAAGCCUCGCAGCUCUUCAGUGAACACUACGGCGUCUGGAGUGAGCACGCUGCACAGAUGCUCGGCAAGUUUGCAAAGGCUGGUAGUCACGUACGACUCGGUCAGGAAAGACUCCGAGCGGAUUACCUACCCGACGACACCACAUGCUCUUACGGGAAAGUCACCGUGAACGGGCGCCUCGUCGGUAACGUGUUCGCUUGCCGCUGGGUAUACGAUGGUAAGACUGUAUGUUGGAUUACUCAGCUCGUGGUACAUGAAGACUAUCGAGAGCGAGGACUUGCAACGGGUCUUUUGAAUCAGCUCAGACGCGACGACGACGACAUAUACGGCAUCAUGAGCUCUCAUCCCGCGGCCUGCCUGGCUGCUGCCAAAGCGUUUGGAAGUAAGCGCGUGUCAAUGUCACUAUUGGAUUCGACGCUGAAUAUCACAGGCUCUAUCGGCACGGUCCGUCUUGACUAUAUCAAGGAACAUGCGGAAGAGAUCAUGAAAGCGUCCCCAAUACGCUAUGUCAAAGAUGCUCAACUUCGCGGUAGUCUCUUUGACCCUGAGGAUGCCAGCGGGCUUGUGUCAUGUGUUGAUACUGGCUUUUGGGUCGAUCAUACGGAACCGCUUAAAGUUUUGGCAUGGGCGCGAGGUACAGUAGAGUGGCCUCUUGGGGAACUACAUGAUGGCCAUGAGUUCCUUCUGGUUUUUGAAGCCAGACGUCGUACCGGAUCCAGGUCGUAG